AAUUCGAAGCCCGCCGGGACGCGGGGGCGCGGCCGCGAAGCUGGACGGGUCGAGGUUUCCUCGGCUGCCUGAUCCCCUUUAGACCAGUCAUCAUGCCUAUCCGUGCGCUGUGCACCAUCUGCUCCGACUUCUUCGACCACUCUCGAGAUGUGGCCGCCAUCCACUGCGGCCACACCUUCCACCUGCAGUGCCUAAUUCAGUGGUUUGAGACAGCACCAAGUCGGACCUGCCCCCAGUGCCGAAUCCAGGUUGGCAGAAGAACCGUUAUCAAUAAGCUCUUCUUUGACCUUGCCCAAGAGGAGGAGAGUGUCUUAGAUGCAGAAUUCUUAAAGAAUGAACUGGAUAAUACGAGAGCCCAGCUUUCCCAGAAAGAGAAGGAGAAAAGGGACAGCCAGGUCAUCAUUGACACCCUGCGGGACACGCUGGAAGAGCGCAACGCCACUGUGGAAUCUCUGCAGAAGGCCUUAGACAAGGCCGAAAUGCUGUGCUCCACCCUCAAGAAGCAGAUGAAGUACUUGGAGCAGCAGCAGGACGAGAGCAAACAAGCCCAGGAGGAGGCGCGCCGACUCAGGAGCAAGAUGAAAACCAUGGAGCGGAUCGAGCUCCUGCUCCAGAGCCAGCGGCCCGAGGUGGAGGAGAUGAUCCGAGACAUGGGUGUGGGGCAGUCCGCGGUGGAGCAGCUGACCGUGUACUGCGUGUCCCUCAAGAAGGAGUAUGAGAAUCUAAAAGAGGCACGGAAGGCCUCAGGGGAGCUGGCGGACAGACUGAAGAAGGACUUGUUUUCUUCCAAAAGCAAGUUGCAGACAGUCUACUCUGAACUAGACCAGACCAAGUUGGAGCUGAAGUCGGCCCAGAAGGAUUUACAGAGUGCUGACAAGGAGAUUGUGAGCCUGAAAAAAAAGCUAACGAUGCUGCAGGAAACCCUGAACCUGCCACCCGUGGACAGUGAGACUGUCAACCGCCUGGUUUUAGAGAGCCCAGCCCCCAUGGAGAUGCUGAGCCUGAAGCUUCGCCGACCAGCCUUUGGUGAUGACAUUGACCUCAACGCCACCUUUGAUGUCGACACGCCUCCAUCCCAGCCCUCCAGCAUCCAUCAUGGCCGUGCCAAGAAGCUCUGCCAAGAGAUAGCACACUCUCCCGUUCAGGACAUCCCCAAGAAGAUGCCCAAAGGCCCUAAGCAGGAGUCCCAGCUCUCACUGGGCGGCCAGCACUGUGUGGGAGAGCCAGAUGAGGAGCUAGCUAGUGCCUUUCCUGUCUUCAUCCGGAAUGCCGUCCUAGGCCAGAAACAGCCCAAGAGGGCCAAGGCAGAGCCCUGUCGCAGCAGAGAUACAGUAAGGACAGGCUUUGAUGGGCUUGGAGGUCGGACAAAAUUCAUCCAACCUACUGACACAACGAUGAUCCGCCCACUGCCUGUGAAACCCAAGCCCAAGACUAAGCAGAGAGUUGGGGUGAAGAAAGAGCUCCCUCCCUCCCAGGCCAAGCUGGACACCUUCCUGUGGUAGUGAGAAUAGUGAGCCGGAUCAAUGGCCAGAUACAUGCCUCCAAUUCAUAGGCCAGGACUGGCUCAGCAAGGGGUUUGGGGGGCAAGACCCCCACUUCGAGGACCAGCGCCAAGGGCAAGGGUAGACAAAAAGAUGGGGGUGAGGGUGAGUCCCAGAAACUGUGCUUUACCUGCACUUACCCCCCCCCCCCACACACACACUGGGUCUACUGUACUGGGCCUAUGUGUGGCUGCUGAAGUGAGGCCAGCAGGACUUCCUCCUUGUCGGAGGCUCCUGUUUGUGGCCAGAUAUGGCUGGGCUGCUUCUGAUUCUCCAGACUAAGGUCUUUUAUUGACUGUGUGGACCAAAGUGCCUGAGGCUUCUUGGGCAGCUUCAGCCUGCCCAAGCUUUUGCCUGCUUCUGACUUGCUGCAAGGCGUGGCCAGAACCGAGCAGGAUGGGGAAUGAGGGGAUCAUGGUGGGGAGAAGAUUGGGGGGGGGGGAAGAUUUCUAUGUAAAAUAAAAAAGA